AUGGUUCGAACCAACGCAGCAAGCCGCCUAGCAACACCGGUGGUGGUGGAGGCUCGAAUCAGGGUAACAACAACAACAACAACAACAAACUGGACUGCAACCUCUCUUGACAACAACAACAACAACAACAAAAACAACAACAACAACAACAACAACACUGGACUGCAACCUCUCUUGACAACAACAACAACAACAACAAACCACAACAGUUGGGGCGGAGGAUCGAAUUCCGGAAACAAGCCGCCUAGUAACAAUGGCGGUUGUAACAACUGCGGUUCAAACCAGGGCAGCAAUAGCAACAACAACCCGCCUAGCAAUAGCGGGAACAACGGUUGGGGCGGAGGAUCGAACUCUGGCAACAACAACAACAACGCCAGCAACAGCGGUGGUUUCAAUCACGGUAGCAACAACAACGCCAGCAACAAGCCACCCAGUAACAACGGUGGCGGCUGCAACAACUAUGGAGGCUCGAACCAAGGCACCAAACCUCCUAGCAACAACGGUCAGGGAGGAGGCUCUAACCAGGGAAACCGGCCUCCUAGCAACAGUGGCAAUAACGGAUGUGGCGGAGGUUCGAACUCGGGCAACAAGCCGCCCAGCAACAGCGGCGGGAACAACAACAAUUACAACAAACCACCCAGUGAUAGCGGUGGUAAUAGGAACAACGGAGGCUCGAACCAGGGCAACAACAGGCCGCCCAGCAGCAACGGCGACUGGGGUGGCGUAGGUCCAACUCAAGACAACAACGGCGGCUGGCCUUCGGGUUCGAAUCAGGGUAAUAAGCCUCCCAGUAACAGCGGCGGUUACAACAACGGAGGCUCGAACCAAGGCAACAACAGCAACAGACCUACCAGCACCAAACCACCCAGCAACAAUGGCGACUGUAAUCAAGGGAACAACGGUAACUGGACUUCAGGUUCAAACCACGGAAACAACCACAAUACCAAGCCUCCUAGCAACAGCGGCGGUUCAAAUCACGGCGGCAACAACAAUAAGCCUCCUAGGAACAAUGGUGGAAGCGGAGGCUCUAACCAAGGCAACAAACCACCCAGCAACAACGGCGACUGUGAUACCUCAGGUCAAACUCAAGGUAUUUAUGGCGGCUGGGGCUCAGGUUCGAACAGUGGCAACAAUAACAACAAUAACGUCGGUUGGGCCACGGGCUCUAACCAAGGAAACAAUAACUACACCAAGCCUCCUUCCAACGCAGGCUCCGCUAGAGGUUCAAAUUACGGUCGUCCUCCUAGCAAUAAUGGAGGUGGACAUACCGAGAAGGAGGGUAUGGGUAUGGGUAUGGGUGUGGAUAUGGGUUGGAACACGGGUGGCAGCGACAAUAAUUGGAGGCCUCCUUCAGUUGCUGGUUCUGUCAGAAGUGACAAACAGCCAGGAGACGGUUGGAAAUCCGGUCCAGCCUCCGGCGAGAAAUGGAGUGUUGCCCAACAACAAAACUCGCCGGACUGUUACAAACCACCUAGCAACUCAGGCUGGGUUCCCAAGGAUAAUGUUCCCCCUCAUGGUAACAAACCCCCCACUCCCAGCAACAACAAUGCGCCGCACCCCCCUCGCACUCCCAGCGGUUGGGUUUACGGUUCGCCCUCGGAAAGCGAGCGGAUGCGCACUGCCGAGAAAGUGGAGGGCUGGAAGGGAUCGAUCAAACCACCCAAAGGCGGCUGGCCUGCCGUUCCGGUUACGUUCAAAGAUUCCCCCCGCCUACGUGAGAAUGCGCCCGAUGAUGACAACAACACCAGAGCCAGAGGUCGAAGCCCCGCCACCGCUAGAUCUUCAGCUUCAGCUUCUGGUAAAGAUUGGAAGCAAGGAUUAACUCGCGUCGAGGAGGAGCCGGAUAACGACAACAACGGUUAUGAUAUGUGGAAGAAACCUUCCAGCAACAAAAACGGAAACCCGGGUAGGAAUGCGGGACAUAAGUCAGCUGGUAUCUUGAAGAACAACAACAAGCCUUCCGGGGAGCAAUAUGGUUGGAACUCUGGUCCUGAUGCGGCUCCUGCUGGAACUGGUUGGGACAGAGGCUCGGACCGAGUCUCAACACCAAGCUUCAAAGCCCCCGAGAAGGACGAGUGGACUGCUGGAGGCAUGAGAAGGGAAGACAAACCUCGUAACAACAAACCACCCAGCAAUAACGGAGAUUGGACUCCUGGACUCGGAGCUGCCGCUGGCUGGAAGGCAGAUUGUACCAAGCCUCCGAGCAACACCGGCUGGGCCGCAGGUUCAAACCAAGGCAAUCACAACAACAAGCCUUCCAGCAACGCAGGCUCCGCCAGAGGUUCGCAACAUGGCAAGCCGUCCAGCGACAACGGAGGCUGGGGGGAUUACGGACAGAUCACAGGUGAUUACAACAAGGCACCUGGCAGUGGCACCGGCUCCAACCCUUUCAAAGAUGGCCUUCCUCCGUGGGCUGCAAACUGCACUGAUCCCUGGGAUGGUACCAAACCGGCCAACAACAACAAACCCGGCAAGGGAGACGACCAGAACGCCCUCAACAUCCACACGGUUACAGACUUACCCGGUUACAAUAGAGAUCUGGCACCACCCAUCGGCCUCUCUGGCCUCUCUGGCUUCCCUCCCGUCGUGGGCCAUUAUCAUGAGCCAGUUCCUGUUAAGCCAGUUCCUGUUAAGCCCAAAACCCCAGGCCCUCCUCCCGGUGGCUACCCUUCCACUCCUUACGAGAACACUCCUCACCCACCCGGUUACUUGCCCAACACCCAAGCGCACAUGACUAUCCUCCCAUUGUACAACAACCACCCGGUUCCUCAUCAUGCGCAGCAAUACCCAUCCCACAAUGAUACCGCGCCAUGGAACACCUGGGACAGGGACAUGGACGCCACCACCAAACCCGCCGUCAUUACCACCAAACCACCAGGAGGCUGCCCUUCGUACGAGCCCGGCCAACGCAGCGCGCAAUUCAGCAAAAAGCCCAUCCUUUCCGAGGAAGACCUGCAAUCCCUCUACCGCCAGGUCAUCUUCAGCGCCAUGUCUUCCCGCCAGCCUCUUCCACAACCCAAGCCCGACCGCGAAUUUUCUCUCAGAGACUGCUGGGUUCUCAUCGCUUUGCACGACCAGUACGAUCGCGCUUCUGCUUCCAAGGAGAAGUGGUUUGAUUUGCAAGCCAGGUUUGCGCAGGCUACGGGGGGGCGGAUGGUGGAUCCGAGGGUGUUGAGAGCCAAGGUGAAGCAAGGGGAGAAAGAGGCGAAGGUGGUUGAGGGGUGGGGAGAUGAUGAGGUGGGUGGGAUGUAUAAGAGGAGUUUGAAGUAG